AUGGUUACCAUUUUGGUUAAAGACAUUACAAUUGUCAAUGUCUAUAAUCAACCGAAACCAUCCAAGAAAUACCCUGAGCCACCGGUUUUUGAGUUUCUCAAACGGGAGAUCAAGGAACAAUACUCAAAGAUUGUCAUUGCAGGUGAUUAUAACUUACAUCACAAGGAAUGGGAGUCAAGGGCAGGUCCGAAUACGGAAGCAGAUGAAGUUGUUGAGUGGCUACAUGAAAAUGAUAUGAUGUUAAUUACUCCAAGAAAUCAAAAAACAUACAACAAUAGAACCAAUAUUGAUUUGGUUUAUGGCUCAGUGGACUUACUUCAUAGAAUUUCAUUUAGUGGAGUGGAUGAAAAUACACUAAGUGAUCACUCAAUUGUGGAGUGGGACAUCUAUAUGUCUCAGAAUUGGGAAAAGUUUGACAAGGAGCUUUCUUCUGCCAUUAAAGAUUUUAAUGUGCAUAACAAAACUCUAAAAUCAACUGACCAAAUUGAUGACCAAGCUAAAGUUCUUGAGGAGGUUGUAAAAAGAGCAAUGGCAAAGUCGAUGAAGGAAGUUAAGGUGAUGAAAAAGUCCAAACGCUAUUGGAAUCAAGAAUUAAGGGAGAAGUUAGAAAAAGCGCUAGAAGCUAAAAGGGAAGCCCGUCAAAGACAACCUUCUUUGGCUUUGAAACGACAAAAAAUUGAAGAGGCAAAAAAAGCUAGAAAAAUUUUUGACCACAGUUUGCGUGAGGCAAGUACUGAGCAAUGGAAUAAAUAUUUGUCUAGUUUAGAAGGAAAUGACAUUUGGAAGAUUUUGAAGUAUAUUAAUCCAAAAAGCAAUGAUACCAUUAUACCACAAAUUAGAAAAGAAGAUGGAACUCUCACUACUACUGUUGACGAAAAAAGACAUGAAAUAUGGAAGGCACUUCUACCUGAAAUUGAUCAUGGUCUUGAUAGAGAGUUUGAAAUUGAUAACGAUUCUCGAUGGCCAAAAUUAGAGUUUGAUGAAGUUGACUCUGCAUUGGCUGAUACCCCAAAUGAUAAAGCUCCAGGAGACGAUGGAAUUACUGGCAAAGUUUUAAAGAUGGCAUGGCUAAAUAAAGACUUUAAGGAAAGGUUUUCAAGCUUCUCCAAGCUUGUGUAA